GCGUUCGUCACAUUCAUUGCGACACGUGCCGGCCGCACGCCGUUUGCCUCGUUACACGUGUCGUGCACGUGUUGAAUCAAUUGGCAGACUUGCUUACACGUGUAGCCACCUGACAGGUGCCAUUGUUUACCCGGCACGUGCAGUUUUCGCAACAAGUGAACUGUGAUUUAUCCGCUUCACCUUGAUUGGCGAACGUGUUACGCAAGUCAGUGCGACUUCUCAGGCGGCUUCUCGGACUCACUUACGGCACUGCAGUGGGACUUGGGCGUUCGGCGCGCGUGGGGCCGGGCCAGGUCGGGACUCGGGUGCUGGCGAGGGUGUCUGCCGCAGCUCCAGCCGCCCCAUGAUCGUGCGAAGCGACUCCGCCAUGGAGAACCUUGACUAUGAGGCGCUCAACCGCUGCUUCUUCGAGUCUCACGAGUUCUGUGAGUUCAUGGAGUCGCCAAUGUACGACUCGUGCUCGUCCAAUGACGGUUCAUACGCGGGUCGGACCGGCGGCGGCGCUGACGGGGACGGCGGCACUGGCGGCGGCGGGGAUGCCGGCUCCCGGCGGCGGCGGAGGAGACGGUCCGGCGCCACCCAGCAGGUUCACCAGAGGCACGCGGCCAACAUGAGGGAGCGACGGAGAAUGCAGAGCAUCAAUGACGCGUUCGAGGGACUACGCACUCACAUCCCCACGCUGCCUUACGAGAAGAAACUUAGCAAGGUGGACACUCUCCGGUUAGCGAUCGGCUACAUCAGUUUCCUGGGCGAGAUGAUCUCCUCCGACGACGGCCAGCACGCCUCGCACAAACUCAACGGAGACGCGCCCAAAAAGAUCGUCCUCCAGUCAAAAGACGGCGGCCAACUGCGCGGCCACUCGCUCUCCUGGUCUCACGAGCGACCGCUGACCAACAACAACAGCCAGGUGACCACCAAACUGUGGCACCCGGAGGACCCGCGCGACAAACCGCUCGAAGAGUUCCCGUUCGGAGCGUGAGGGGAGUCCGAGCGGGCUGGGGAGGGCGCCUCCCGGCGCGGCGGGAAGACACUGGGGAAUGACGAGUGAUGUGGGGCGGGGUUGGGAGGGUGGGUAAGUGGUAAUUUUGUCACUGUUUGAUGGUGGGCGCAACCAGGACUCAGUCAAGAGUUAGAGCUCUGAUUGCGCAGUGACCUGACUGGGGAGCUUUGGGACGGGGCUUGAACUAGUGUUUGUGUUCGCGGGCUUGUGUUCGUGACUGCUCAUCAGUGUAGUGCGAGUGUGUAUGUGAAUGGUAAAAGUGUAUAACUGGAACGGAGCGGUUUUUAGACAUAUCAUGCAUGAACUUCGAUGUUCCAGAUGUGUGUAUUCCGAUAUUGUGACAAUCGAAAACACCGGUCGUGUGAUGAGGAGUAAAUAUCGCUCCAAACAUCAUGAGUGAUGGGUAAAUAGCCUGAAAGUGUCAGGAGGCCGGAUUCAGUGGGGUAGCUUGUAAAGCAAACGGCACUGGGAUACAUAUUCGAAGAGCUUGUGAUGGGAUAGUCAUAACUGGGUUGCGUAAAUUAUCAACGACGCCGACAUUCCAUACCGGCAUGCAAGACCGUAUGGUCAUUCUUGUCUAGUCAUUGUGCAAUUGGUUGGCAGUUCUUUGUGCCGCAGGUUGCGGGUGUUCGGGUAGAUUUAUCUGUUUUUUUUUUUUUCUAAUUAUUAACUUGUACAUUUUAAUUUGCUUGAGAUGUGAUUAUCUGAUACGCUUACGAAAAAGUCCCGGCCCGAUAAGUGAAAUCGAUAUAUGUAGAUGUGUAUGGAUAGCUGACCGGUCAAUGGGAGCUUUUCGAUGGUUCUUUGAGUUCCUUCUUCAAACCGGUAAUACAUGCAUACUGCUUUCCAUAA